AUGAUUCCUUGCACGGUCGAUGUAUCAACACAAAGUACUGACGAACCACAGAAUCCGGCCUUUGUGCUGAGAUCGGUCAAGAACGUGGCUUUCGAAGAUCGACCCAUCCCGCAAUUGCGAGAUGCUUACGAUGUGAGAGUGCAUAUUCGUCAGACUGGCAUUUGCGGAUCCGACGUUCACUACUGGCAACGUGGAAGAAUUGGCGACUUCGUAUUGAAAAGUCCGAUCAUCCUCGGCCAUGAAAGCGCCGGGAUUGUCGCCGAAGUCGGAACCGCUGUCAAGAAUGUCAAAGUUGGAGACCGAGUUGCUAUUGAGCCAGGAGUUCCAUGCCGACGUUGCGACCACUGUCGAAGCGGCGCGUACAAUCUCUGCGCUGAUACCGUGUUCGCAGCUACCCCACCGUGGGAUGGUACAUUGGCCAAAUAUUACAUUGUCGCCUCUGACUAUGUCUACCCGAUCCCAGAUCAUAUGACGAUGGAAGAGGGUGCACUUGUCGAACCAACAGCAGUCGCCGUCCAAAUUUGCAAAGUCGCGGAUCUCAAGGCCGGUCAGACCGUCCUCGUCAUGGGCUGUGGUCCAAUUGGUGUGAUGUGUCAAGCUGUCGCCAAAGCCUACGGAGCGAAGAAGGUUGUGGGCAUCGACGUCGUACAGUCCAGACUCGAUUUUGCGAAGACUUUCGGAGCCGACUACGUUUACUUGCCUCCCAAGGCCGAGCACGGUGCCGAUCCAAUUCAGCAUUCUGAGAAGAUUGCCGAGCUGAUCAAGGAGAAUUUUGAACUUGGCGAGGGUCCUGAUGCUGUUCUAGAGUGCACUGGCGCUGAAGCUUGCAUUCAGACAGGAGUAUUCGUGGCUCGAAAGGGCGGGACGUACGUUCAAGCAGGCAUGGGCAAAGAGAACGUGACAUUCCCGAUCACUACAGCUUGCAUCCGGGGACUCAUCAUCAAGGGAUCAAUCCGAUACACCGCAGGAUGCUAUCCGGCUGCGGUGGACUUGGUCGCUUCUGGGAAGAUCGAUGUGAAGCGGCUGAUCACAAACCGCUACAAGUUUGAGCAAGCAGAAGAGGCAUUCGAGCUGGUAAAGGCCGCGCACCCGGAUGUCUUCAAGGUUAUCAUAGCUGGAGUGGAGUGA